GGAACUCAAUUUUAGGUAGUUUUUCGUUUCCGUGUGGGCUCAGCGUCGUUAACAAAAUUCAGAUAAACAAUCAUCCGGCUCAUCGCAGAUUAUUUCGGUAAUACCGGCGGUACGGUCUGAUCGAAUAGUGUUAAUUUUAAAUAAUGAAUCUAACGUGUGCAAUAUGUUCGGAUUUAUUCAUGCCUUCGGACGACAUCCACAUGACCUCUUGUGGACAUUCCUUCCAUUUCGCUUGUCUAUUACAAUGGCUUCAAAGAUCCAAAACUUGUCCUCAAUGCCGAAAUAAGUGCCACGAGAAAAGUUUAAUUAAGGUGUACUUCAACGUUGCUGCCAAUGUGGACGCAGCAGAGGACAGUGCCACUCUGCUUCAUAAACUUGACAAUUUAACGCUGUCCUUUCGAGAGAAGGAAAAGAAAUUGAAGGAAUACGAGGACAAAGAUGUUUCCUACAAAUUAGAGCGGAAGAAAAUGAAAAAAACAUUGACUGCUCUAGAAGAUAUGAUCAAAUCGAAAGAUUUCACCAUCAGUGCAUAUAAGAUUGAAACCGAGAUGCUCCGAGGAGAUCGAGCUCAGAUGAUAAAGUUGCAACAGGAACUGAAAGAGCUUAAAGCGAAAAUGAGCCUCAUGUCAACAAUUGAAUAUGUUAUUUCUGCCACGGCCAAGGAGGUAGAAGAAUUGCUGGCCAAUGAUGACAACCCCCGCACAUUAGCGGUUCUGGUGACGACGUUGAAAAGGGAACUCAAAGCUAAUGAGAUUAAAAAAAAUGAGAUGCGUGAACGUAUGAAGACAAUUCAGAACGAUCUUCAGGAAGAGCGAACCAAACGAAAGCAACUAGAGGACAAGCUGUCUACUGCAGAUAGCGAGAUAUAUCGAUUGGAACAGGAGGUGAAACAGCUGAAGAUGCUAGACGUUUCUUCCGGCAGUGACUCAAUUUCAAUUGUUCUUGAUACGCCUGAGCAACCGGUUAAGAGAAAAAGGGCCGAAAAGGACUUGGAUAAGAGUACACCAAUGUCUGAAAAAGUACAGAAUAUUCUUCAGUCGGAUUCGCCAUAUUUCAGUAUAAAAUCUAGUAGUAUAGGCCUUACACCACUAUUUCGAGCAGGACUCGGAGCGACUGCUGUAUCAGGAAAGAGUUCUUCAGAAGCUGUCCAAUUGUCAAAAACUAGAAGUGACCUCAGCGAAAGGUUUUCUAUAUUUCGCAAACCUCGAUUGACAGGAACAACGACACUUCCAGUAAACAAAAAUCUAGUGUAUAAUGGCCUGGGUGGAUCGGAGAAGAAAGAAAAUUUUCCAAACUUUCCAGAACCAAAGGAGAAAAAAUUAGCGACUGCGGUUGGGCAAGUUAAACAAAGCAACAGCAUCAAAUCCCGUUUGAAAACGGGAAAACUAUCUAAACAUCCUUCCACAAGAAAUAUCGCUGCUUCAUCUAAUGAUCUCAUGUUCGAAUUUAUAGACAUGCCGUCAGAUGAUUGAAACGAACCGCUUUAUCAUACAUGUACCAUGAUUUAAAAUCUGUUUAAUAAAGCAAUAUAGACUUA